AUGCAGGGUUUUCUUGUUCUUCUGGAAGCGACGUACUUUGAUGUUUUUGAUGUUUGCCGACGACUCCCAGCCGUGCGAAUAAGGUGGUCUGUACGUGAGAACGAGGGAGAGUUCCAUAACGACGUCUGCAGUAUACGUUACGACAAUAAGGAGGAGUUGGCACAACCACCUUUGUUUGGAGCAAUGUUUCAUUUCACACUGGAUUGCCAAGUGAACUGCCCGGAAUUCCUCGCAUAUUUUCCACUUGUGAAGCACCUUCUUGAAGAACAGGGCAUGGAGUUGGUGUUUGCAAGGCGAUUCCCGGAGGCAUUGCAACACUGGCGAACUACUAGUACGGGAUUAAUGAGUAGAAUGCAGGCUCUUGAACCGUAUCCAGCGAAGGAUGGUGCAAAGCUUUCGGCAGACCAGACUGAAUAUGAAGUGGCUAAGGAAUUUUUGGGAACAUUUGCCCCAAACGAAAGUCCACAAAUUGGUACUCUUUCAAAAUCUGAAUGGGAAGCAUUUUGUAUGUAUCUGGUUUUCGCGUUCCGGAAAAGGGAAGGCUCCAAGAGUCAAAAUGAUCAGGAACAUUCUGCAGCACAGCAGCUUAGGAGUUCUGAGAAGAAACAUAACGAAAGCUAA